AUGUUAUUUAAAUUCACAAAAGUUUUAUUCCUUGCUUUAAUUGCCUUACAAGUUUAUGCUAUUGUCAUUCACCAAGAUAUAACUAAGUUGAAACAUGGUAAAUUUUUAGUUAAAAAAGAAGAAAUUGUUGAUCAAGAUGAAUUAUUAUUAGGCAAGAGAGAAGAACCAGUACCCAAACCGCAUAAGAUUAGAAUUAAGAAGAGAAAUGGUGUAUGUCCUACCAAAAGUGGAUCUAGUUCUGUUGAUGCUACAAGUGUUGAACCUCCAACUUCUACUGCUGCUGCCCCUCCUACAUCCAGCUCUAUUGCAGAAGUACCAGCUACUACUCCUACUACUCUGACUACAUCUACUACCAGUUUCAAUUGGGAUGAUUUCUUUAGUCCUACCAAUACAGUUACUGUCACACUUGUUAAUCCAACCGCUUGA